AUGAUUCAGAACAUUGAGAAGGCAGCCCUGCUCUCUGAGCAUGUCAAUCUGCUUACUGCUGGAAUGGAACCUGAGACAGCAGAUAAGAAAAUGCGGGAUUUUGAGAUGCAGGUUGACCUGGCUGAGGAGAAGCAGCAGAAACCCUUCUCUGAGAUGGCAGCAGAGGGAGAUUUUGAGAUAGUUAUCACCUCAGAUGAGAAGAAGGAGAAGAAGAAGAAGAAGAAGAAGAAGAAGAAUAAGAAGUAA